AUGAUGGACAGCAGGAUACUGGAUCCACCUCACGCCCAGUUCGGAGGCUCUCUCGGCGGGAUGGUGGGCUUCCCGUACCAUCUGAGCCACCAUCACGUUUACGAAUUAGCCGGGCAUCAACUUCAAUCUGCGUCCGCGGUUCCCUUCUCAAUAGACGGAUUACUUAAUGGUUCGUGCGCGGCUUCGGUGGGUAAUUCCAACCCCCUCUUGUCUUCGGGCUGCGGGAUGAAUGGAGAUAAUCAGCAGUACAAACUGACAGACUCGGGGGACCCAGACAAAGAUAGCCCCGGUUGCAAGAGACGAAGAACUCGCACAAAUUUCACUGGUUGGCAGCUGGAGGAAUUAGAAAAGGCUUUUAAUGAGAGUCACUAUCCGGACGUGUUCAUGAGGGAGGCUCUGGCUCUGCGGUUGGACUUGAUAGAAUCCAGGGUUCAGGUAUGGUUUCAAAAUCGCAGAGCCAAAUGGAGGAAAAAGGAGAACACAAAGAAAGGUCCGGGUCGACCUGCGCACAACGCCCACCCCACCACCUGCAGCGGGGAGCCCAUGGACCCGGAGGAAAUCGCCCGGAGAGAGCUGGACAGGCUGGAGAAGAAGAAGCGAAAGCAGGAGCGCCGGCUGCUCAAGUCCCAGAACAAGCUCCUUUCUGGGGAUUUAUUUCACACCCCGGGAUCAGACAGCGACAGCGGGGUUUCACAUGUGACCGACAGUGACCACACCACUGGCCCACCUUAUGACUCUGUAGGGGGGAACCAAUCGAGCUGCGACCAAACACCUCACUCUCUCCAGACCCAAAACCAGAACCAAAGACACUUGGACCGGGACGCUGGCGGAUCCGAGCUGGACUCCCCCGACCCCAGCCACCGGUCAAGCCUGUGCUCCGGCAGCAACCGAGCGUCCAGCCUGCAGAAGCUCAACCCUUUUAGCGUCGAGAGCCUCCUUUCGGACUCCAGACCGAGACGCAACCCCGCGGCCUUACCCUCCUCACGGCCUUUGAUAGGGAAAGGACACUUCCUACUCUAUCCCAUCACACAGCCGCUUGGAUUCAUUGUUCCUCAAACUGCCCUGAAGACGACCACGACGACGGCGGCGUCGGCGGACUGUGACGCACCGGCGGAGAGAAACCAGCCCGGUGCGCGCUGCGGGAGCUCUGCGGGAUGUAGGAGCGGCUCGCCGGACCCUGCAGACGCCUCACAAAAGGGACAGGUGGGAGCAGAGGAAAAGACACAGCACACCAGCCCGUCCAGGGCCGCCUUUUCCACUGGCAAAAGUACUCAGACCUCUGUCAUUUGCAGCGAGUCGACUUUUACGCACGAACACAGUCCACAACUUGCUGUCGACGCAGACAGAAAAGAGCAUUUAGAGAGCAAGGAGCACCUCGAGUCUGUCCUCAGUGACUGUCCUGCAGAAACAAAGACAGACUCUAAAGAAGAUGUCGACAUGGAAUAA